AGAAGAAAACGCGGAAGUUCAAGACAAAUGAAUGAAGAGUGUUUUUAGCAGUAGUACUUGUAGUUCCUGUUUCUGCUUGUGUGAUAGUUUGUCGUGUACAUGUAAAUGUUUCACAUUUUACCAGCCAUUUACUUUGCAAACCAGACAGGGAUCACACGCAUCAUUUCUUUACCAGCGUUCGCUCUGUGCACAGUGAGACGCUGCAGGCAGACAUGUCCGCUAAUGGAAGCUCGAUUGCCGGACUGUUGUCUUACGAGACACUGGUUCACGCUGUGGCAGGCGCAAUGGGUAGCGUGACAGCAAUGACCGCCUUUUUCCCUUUGGACACAGCUAAAAGUCGACUGCAGGUUGAUGAAAAUCGAAAGUCAAAAUCCACCCCGGUCAUCCUGGCUGAGAUAGCCCAGGAAGAGGGCGUGCUGGCUUUGUACAGAGGCUGGUUCCCGGUCAUCUCCAGCCUGUGUUGCUCCAACUUUGUCUACUUCUACACCUUCAACACACUCAAGAGGCUGACAGCCACUGGGCCGCACCAGUCAAGACUCGGCAAAGACCUGCUCAUUGGCAUUGUGUCAGGGGCAGUGAAUGUGAUCCUGACUACGCCCAUGUGGGUGGUCAACACUCGUCUGAAGCUUCAGGGAGCAAAAUUCAGGAAUGAGGACCUUCAUCAGACGCAGUACAAGGGCAUUUUUGAUGCGUUCUCACAGAUCAUAGCCAGCGAAGGAGUGGGAACUCUGUGGAACGGCACUCUGCCUUCGCUCAUCCUCGUGCUCAACCCGGCAGUGCAGUUUAUGUUCUACGAGUCCAUGAAGAGGAAGGCGGGUCAAGGCGGGAGGAAGAUAUCAUCUGCAGAGAUCUUCCUCAUUGGAGCGGUUGCCAAAGCCAUCGCAACCACCGCUACAUAUCCACUGCAGACAGUUCAAGCCAUCCUGAGGUUUGGCCAGUACAAAGGUGAUGGGAAGAGCGGCCUGAUGGGGAGUCUGGCAAACAUUCUCUCCCUGUUCAUGGAUCGAAUCAAAAAGCAUGGCCCUCUCGGGCUGUACAAAGGCCUGGAGGCCAAGCUGCUUCAGACGGUGCUGACGGCCGCCCUCAUGUUUGUCGUGUAUGAGAAGAUCACCGCCGCCACCUUCAAGCUGAUGGGCCUGCACAGGAAGCUCAAGCAGUGAACUGCAGACCCGCCGGUGGACGUGGUUGCGCACUUGAGCACGGAGAGCAUGUGGCCUUCGCUGGAAGAAGUUUGGACACCCCUGAUUUAAAGUAAGUUUAAAGCAUUUAUAGUGAUAUAGAUGAUAUAGCGAUAUAUAUUAAAGUCAUGCUAUAUUUUACGAUGCAAAUUGGUUAUAAAAUAACUUAGAAUUUUGCUUGCUAUGUCACACUUUUGGUAGCCCUUACAGGUGACUGACCCACAGAUGAGUAAAAUAUACUUAUUGUGCCAUUUUGUAUACAAGUAUAUGAGGCCCAAUUAUUUAAUGCUAAGAGUGAAUGAGCACUGAUGGUGUGAAUCUUUAGAUCAUUUCCUUCACGUACCAGUCUGGUAGGAAAGAAUAAGAGGAGUCCUUGUGUACUGAGUAGGUCACGUCGGAGCGGAUUUGUCUGGAGAACAGAUACACCACACUGCAAUCGGAAGAAUACCUGUUCAAAACCGGCUAAAAGACUUUUUAAAAAUAAAUAACUCACCGAGGAUUGUCUUCAGUUGCCACGCUCUUGACAAAAGACAGGAAGGUGCUGCAGAAGUCCAUGCAGAUGUUUGGCUUCCAACAGUUGUCCUCACCCUGCUCAAAACAUACAAAUGCUCUUUGUUCAUCUGUUGCGCGUUGACAUCUAACAACUGCAAUGUACCUCUAGGAGCUUUGGAAUAUCGCUGACUUCAUAGGUUUUCAUGGACACAACAACUGCGUCAUCAUUCCGGAAGCCUGCGAUGAUGCGAGGGACUCCAAGGAGGAAGGACUGUGCCCACCACUUCAGGAACUUAAAACUGAUGAGGAAGAAAGGUCAAUCCAACAACAAGGCGGUGGAAGAUGAGGUUGUCGAUUAGGCUGCGUUCACAUUUGUGAUAGUCUGGUCCAGGGCCGGACCAUGGCCGCAUGGUGGCCUAUUGGUUAACAUGUUGGCCGCACUGUCAGGAGACGGUGGGGUCGUAUCUCCGUUGGAACAUCUCUAUGGAGUUGGCAUGUUCUCCCGGUGGGUUCUUUCCGGGUACUCCGGCUUCUUCCCAUGUUGCAGAAAUAUGCAUGGAGACUCUAAAUUGUCCAUAGGUAUGAAUGUGAGUGUGAAUGGUUGUUUGUCUAUAUGUGCCCUGCCAUUGGCUGGCGACCAGUCCAGGGUGUACCCCGCCUGUCGCCCGACGUCAGCUGGGAUAGGCUCCAGCAUGCACCCGCGACCCUAAUGAGGAUGAAGCGGUAUAGAAAAUGGAUGGAUGGGUGGUCAGACCAGUCACCAGACUGUACCCCGCCUCUCGCCCCAAAGACAGCUGGGAUAGGCUCCAGCAUACCUGCGGUGACAUACCUAGUGAGGACAAGCGGUAUAUAGAAGAUGGUUGGAUUGAUGGUCAGGACCAAAAAUUAAAAAAAAUUGUAUAUUUGGAUUUUUUUAUCAUUGAAAAAGCAAAACCGUUGCUAGCACAAACUACCGAAAGUGCCAAGGCAGUUCUCCAGUGUCCCCUAUAUCAUAACAUCGUAUGCAUUUACAUUUGUACAUAAGUAGCUAACAUGCUAACAGUUAGCAUGCUGGCACCUAGCAUAAUAGCGCCAAGUACCGAAAGUGCCAUCGUUCCAUGUACAUAUUUACAGGUCAUGUAAUGUCUGAUCAAUGUUUUGUGUCAUUACUGACACAGUGUGACCAGAAUACAACAUAUGACUUGUCUUUCAAUAUGUUUUGAUUAAUAAACCACAAAACAGCAAUGUAUUAAUGAUACAUUUUUGAAAAUAGUCAAUAGACUGAGGGAGUGAUGUCUGAAAGGCAAUGUAGCGGGGGAUGGCUGUAUUGACAUAUUUUGACUAUAUUCUUGUAACAUAACUUUUUCUGCAACCUAAUAACCAAAAAUUACAACAUUAUAUUGUUUUGUUUCUCAUAAUAUUAAGACUAAUACAAACCCCCCCCCCCUUUUUUUUUUUUUUUUAAAGAUUUCAACUUUAUGCUACUAAAAUGAUAAUUUCCUGCAUAAUACGUUAUUCUCGUAAAAUUGCAACUUUUUCCUGUUCAUAUUUUGACUUCAUUCAUGUAAAAUUACUGCUGUUUUUUCUGAGGUUUUCGUGUUAAAUUACAUUUUCAGAAUGUGCAGUGGGCUAAAAAAAAAAAAAAAAAAAAAAAGUCAUUGGCUGCAAAUGGACACUCGGCUACAGGGUAUCUUUGAGUACUUAGAGUAUCUCAUUGCAGGGCCGAGCGUGUUGGUUUUUGAAUUUCAAAAUCUGGUCACCGUACAUUUUGUCAAUUCUAUCCAUCCAUCCAGCCCUCCAUCUUCUACUGCUUAUCCGAGGUUGGGUCGCAAGGGCAGCAGCCUAAGCAGGGAAGCCCAGACUUCCCUCUCCCCAGCCACUUCAUCCAUCUCCUCCCGGCGGAUCCCGAAGCGUUCCCAGGCCAGUUGAGAGACAUGGUCUCUCCAGCAUGUCCUGGGUCUUCCCCGAGGCCUCCGACCGGUCAGAUGUGCCCUGAGCACCUCCCCAGGGAGGCGUCCGGAGAGGGGAUUUUGUCAAGUGUGAACGUGAUCUUGCUUGUGAUCUGAACAUACUUGUUGGGGGGUUUUGUUGUUGUCUUCAGCUCAAAGUAGCAGGCUGGAGGAUCCGAGGCAUUAGGAUUUUUAUCCCGGCAGUCCACCUCGCCGGAAAACAGGAGGCUGUGAUUUGAGAGGCGGGUUUUGACCACGGCGUAGAAGGCCUCGUUCAUGUUGACCACGCCACUGGAAUCCGGUGAACCAUCAGUUUUAUCUUCAGGGACAAAUAGUAUAUUGAAUGUUACAGAACAGAACCAGACUACAAACCGAUCAAAUAGACCCUCCUACCUGAGCGCAUGUACUUCUCAAACUUGAACCCAUAGUAUAUGAUCUCUUUUACACUGUCAGUGCGCUGGACUAGACUUUUGUGAUCAGCUUCUGUCUCCACUUCAUUGAUGUAAAGCUUUCCUUGGAACUUGGUGACGGCCAGCACCCAGCUUGAUACGGUGUCAUAUGGCGUGGUCAGCAGUUUAGUCAAGCGGCCUCGGGUUGUCACAAAGUCAACAUCUCUGAGGAGAGGAAAUGGCAAUACAUUGAAAGUCUCAUUAAACCAGAAUAGCGUGUCAGUGUUGUAAUCUUACGAUGAGAAUGAUGACUUGUUGGCCAAGAUCCACUGGAGGAUGUGGUCCAUACAGAACUUCAAACUUUCAUCUGUCGUUACGUAGCCGUCACUGUAGCCAUCCCUCAGGUCAAAAUGCGGGGCUUGGUCGGGUUUCACAUAGUAUUUCAUCUGACUCCUGUCAUGUCUGAAUCUACCCUCCGGGUCAAGGGAAAAGGAACCCACCUCAACCUGCUUCAAUAGUGCGACGUCUUUACCAUACUGCUCUUUUUGGGUACUCAAAUACAUUGUCCUCUGAAAGAUUCAAGAGUUUUUAUUGUCAUAUGCACAGUAAAACAGGCAGUUCUGCUAUACAAUGAAAUUCUUGUUCUGUUCAGUCUCCCAAAAAAAGAAAGAAAAACACAAGAAAAUGAAUAAGAACAAAAGAAACAUAUGUACCAAUAAAUUAAGCAACAACAACAGAAGAGACAUUAAUACAAAUAAGUAAAUAAAUAAAGUGCUAUGAGUGUGUGCAUGUGCUGCGUGUGGCAUGUGUGAGUGCUUCGUUGAGAAGCCUGAUGGCCUGUGGGUAAAAGCUGUUUGCCAGCCUUGUGGUCCUGGACUUCAAACUCCUGUAGCGUCUACCUGAUGGUAGGAGUGUGAAUCAGUGUUGUGGAUGUGUGCUGUCCUUGAUGAGGUUGUGUGUUCUUCGUAGGACUCUAGAUUUAUAAAUGUCUUGGAGUGAAGGGAGGACUGCCCCAACAAUGUUCUGUGAGGUCUUGAUCACCCGCUGGAGCGCCUUCCUAUCUCGUGUUGUACAGUUACCGUACCAAACAGUGAUGGAGGCGGUAAGGACACUUUCGAUAGUGCAUCUGUAGAAGCAACUCAGGAUUUUGGUGGACAUACCAAAUUUCUUCUUGAUAAUUUGAUGGGUGUUGUGAGACCAGGUGAGGUCCUCGCUGAUGUGUGUGCCAAAGAACUUGAAGGUUUUCACCCUCUCCACCUCAGUCUCAUCAAUAAACAGGGGUCUAUGCGGCUCCUUUUCCCUCGUUCUUGGUCAAUGAUCAUCUCUUUAGUCUUAUCUGUUUUGAGAUGGAGAUUGUUAUCACGACACCAAGCUAAGAGGUCCGCCACCUCUCUUCUGUAUGACGUUUCAACACCACCAGGGAUCAGGCCGAUGACUGCAGUGUCAUCCGCAAAUUUAAUGAUGCUGGUUUUGUUCUGGAAGGCCACGCAAUCAUAGGUGAAGAGCGUGUAGAGGAGCGGACUCAGCACACACACCUGUGGGGUCCCAGUGCUCACAAUUCUUGAGCUGGAUGUGCGAUUGUGGACUCUGACUGACUGGGGCCUGCCUGUUAGAAAGUUAAACACCCAGUUACAGAGGGAGGGUGACAGGCCAAGUGUGAGAAGCUUAUCUGAGAGUUUGUGGAGGCUGACUGUGUUAAAUGCAGAGCUAUCGUCUAUAAAUAGCAUUCUGACAUAUGUGUCCUGGCCCUGUAGGUGCGAAAGGGCUGUGUGGAUGGCAGUGUUGACUGCAUCAUCUGUGGACCGGUUCUGGCGAUAUGCAAACUGUAGAGGGUCCACAGUGACCGGGAUGCUCUUUUUGAUGUGGGUCAUGACUAUUCUUUCGAAGCACUUCAUAACAAUAGGAGUGACUGCUAUAGGGCGAUAGUCAUUCAAGCAGGUCACGUUGAUCUUCUUGGGUACGGGCACUAUGGUGGUGGACUUAAAGCAGGUUGGUACAGAUGCUUGUGCUAGCGACAGGUUAAAUAUGUCAGCAAGCACAUCAGCUAUCUCUGAUGAGCAAACCCAAAGUGCACGGCCUGAGAUGUUGUCCGGGCCUGCUGCUUUUCGUGGGUUUGUUUUGUUCAGAACCCUGCGCACAUCAGAUGAUGUCACCAUGAGAGGUGAGUCCUGUGUGCUCAAGCUCAGCCACCCUCUCUGCUGAUCAGGAGCUUGGGUGUCAAAGCGGGCGUAAAACUCAUUCAGCUCGUCGGGAAGUGUGGUUUGGCUGGAUGUGGCUACGCUACUCCGCUGUCGAUACUCCGUGAUGUGCUGGAGCCCCGCCCACAUGCGCCGAGGGUCUGAAGUGGAAUAGUAGCCCUCCAGCUUCUGUCUGUACUGUCUUUUGGCCUCUCGUAUGGAUCUCCUCAGGUCAUAUCUGGCCUUUUUGUAGUCCUCAGCGGUGCCCAUGACAAAUGCAGACGAACAAGCGUGUAGCUUAGCCCUUACAUCACAGUUCAUCCAAGGUUUUUGAUUAGAGUAUUUUUGUAAUACUUGGUGGUGGUAACAGUCUCUAUGCAUGUGCUAAUAUAGCCAGUCACAGCAGAAGCAUAUUCAUCCAAUAACAGUACAAUCUUCCGUCCCCGCUGCAGUUCCAAACACACCCCAGUUUGUGCAGCCAAAGCAGUCCUGAAGUACUUGAUCAGUUUCUUCAUUCCACACUUUAACUGCUAUACUUACAGGGGGAGCUUGCUGUAUGUUGGAUACAGGAAUAUGGAGAUGUGGUCGGCAUUUCCAAAAUGGGGUCUUGGAACAGCCUUCAAAGCACCUUUCAUGUUGCUGUAGACUUGGUCCAGGAUGUUAUUUUCCCUUGUGGGAAAGCUUUCAUGCUGGUAAUAUUUGGGGAGAACAGUCCUGAGGUUGCAGUGGUUGAAAUCGCCAGAUAUGAUAAAUACAGCGUCCGGGUGUUUGGUCUCUUGUUUAUCAAUGAUGUCAUGCAGGUGGCCCAGUGCGCUAGCGGUGUUAGCUCGUGGUGGAAUGUAGACCGCUGUUAACCCUCGUUCCCCCGUUCGUUUACGUAAACACAGACACCGCCACCUGUGUUUACCAGACGCCAACGUGCGAUCUCCACGGUAAGCAGCAAAUGUUUCCAAGUGGAUCGCCGAGUCUGGUAUAUCCUCCAUCAGCCAGGUUUCUGUGAAGGUGAGCACAUGUAACGGAUGCCAGCCUGUGAGGCUGUGCGAGUGUACGUUGGUAAACCUCACUCCCUGUGCCUCAAGAGCUGCGCUGAACACGCGGCCGACAGUCCGGGCUUUUAGUCGCAUGGUCAGCGCCCUCGCCUCCCAUUACGAAGGUCCUGUAUUCGAGCCCCGGUGCGGGCAGGUGCGAAACAGGGCAGGUUACACACACACACACACUGAUCUGUAUAAUGUAUCUGGAUAGCUCAUACGUCGCACCCGCCCUGCAAGCCGCGGAAGCCAAAGAGACGCCAUCUUACCACUCACAUCUCGACUACAUCGACACAGCGUACAUAGUGUACAAAGCAGAUGAAGAGGCUCGCAGAACAUCUAUAUUUUAAAUUAAAAAGCGGGGAGAUUCUCCCAUUCCUUCAAGUAAUGCAACCUUUGUCCCUUAAAACUAUUUGAUACGUUAUUCUCUAUGUUUGGCUAUAUUAAAUGUACUUUUCCCCAAAAAUUCUACAAAAUUCUACUCUGCACCCUGGCUCAGCACUCCCCUAUAGCAAUGCAUAGUUUUACUCCUCUAGAAAGAGAUUUUAAUUUUAACUGCAUAUCCCAUCCCUUUUUCCACUAAAAUCCAUGGUCAUGAUCCUUUACUUUUUUUUCUUACUUUCAUACAAUUCACUAUGCUCUCGUCUGUACAAAAUAUGAAUCAUAAAAGAGACUGACUUUGGACAAGUUUUAAAAUCAUUUAACAUUUUGCUGAUUUUUUUUGUUUGUGUUAUGAAAUAGAAAUAACCUCUUUUCUGAUAUAGAAAUAUAUUUUAACAAAAACCACAGGAAUAAUAUGUGAUAACCAUAAUGUGUAAUAACCAUAAACACAUACACACACACACACACAGAAAAAAACAACACUGAAACAAAACCAUGUGCUUUGGGUAAGACAAUACGUAUGCAUGUUCAGUAAUAUUAUUUUCCAGAACAUAUGGUAUGAAUGAAUCCUUUUACGUCAGUCAUUCAGCAGCAAAAAAAACAAAAUAGUUGUUUAUCCAAAUGAAGGGUCAUGCCGGGUCAAUUGUAUGCAAACUGGCUUGCUAACUGCACUGUAUACAAUGCCUGGUAAGCAUCAUGGAAGCACUGAGAUUCUCCCAUUCCUUCAAGUAACGCAACCAUCGUCCCUUAAAAAAAUACCUAUAUCAUGAUAUAACAAAAAAGUACUUAAAUUUCCUCUUAGCUAUUAUAGAGCUAUAUAAACGUAUCAAUUCUGGACAUACUGUACAUUUAAUCAGAGGAAUUGUACACGAUCGAAAAUAUCUGAGAGAUCGACAGUUCAAAACUCUUAAAUUAUCAAUCAUAAAUCUACAUUUCAGUCAUACUUACAGGUGAAAUGUUCGUCCACAGCCUUUGAGCUGGCGAUUUGUGCGGUUAAUAGCUGCACAUGCAGGCAUCUUAAGGCAAAAUUUGUGUCCAAACCGAAUUAAUAAAAGAAGUUCACCACGAAUGCAAAAGCUGUUCCGAGAAGUGUUUCUUGCGAGUGGCAAUAUGGCGGCCGUGUGGCUUCACAAGUCAUCGCCAAUGAGCUAUCCAGAUAUAUAAUACAGAUCAGUGGAGCACACAGCACUCUCUGAUCUCACGUUGAACUGCAAAUCCUUGCUCUCAGCUGGUCCAUCUUGUUUCCAAGAGAGCGAACGUUGGCUAGCAGCAGGCUUGGUAGCGGUGGCCUAGUCGCUCUAGCUUUUAGCCUAGCAUGCAGACCGCCCCUCUUGCCUCGUUUCCGCCUCGGCUGCUUUGCUCGCCGGGUAUUCAGCGCACCAGACCCGCAGGCGGCUGCGUCCUCGCGACGUAGAAGAAAGCCAAAGUCGCAAAGAAAGUUCACGGUGAACUCUGCCGAUGUUUAAAAGUGUCUCUCUGUUGUAGUGUACAGCGUGAGUGCAUUGCAUGUUCAAUAUGAACAGUAAAAUAACAACAAAUAGAAAAAACGGGAGAGUGAAACAGAUACGUCUGCCCCGGAGGGCGCCAUCUUCAAUAAAUGCAUUUAAUUAAUUCAAUUAAUUGAGGUGAAGGUACCGGGUUGGAAUGUGAAGCUGCUGCUGAUGCCGUGUAUUCUGCCGCAGAGGCGUUGCCUUGCAUUGGUUUUAUACCUGCUCAAGUGUAGCUUUCGCUUUCGUUUCUCAGACAUUGUUUCUGAGUUUCACAUUCCAUGGGUAGUCCAUCCUGUUUCCCCCCCUCACGAUGAUAAUAUAUGUUAUACAGUUUGACCUUUGACAGUCUCCAUUAGAGCACCUCUGUGUGGAGUUUGCAUGUUCUCGCCGUGCUUGUGUGGGUUUUCUGGAUCUGUGCAUAGAAAAGAUAAUAAGUAACACAACUAAGGAAGGAACAGAAUCGUCUGAGCGCUCAUGUGGUCAAGAGGAGUUCCUUCAUCAAAAGAUAAAGAUGACAUUUCAGCUUUUAUUUCCAGGUGUAACAAUACUAUACAAUAUUUACAUCUGGAGCAGCUUCGAAGAUAGCAACCUUUUGUUUUUAAUCCACCCGUUUUCCAUGUGAGCAAAAGCGUUAGAACAUGUGACUGAUAGGUGUGUUUUGUUGCCCAGGUAUGUCCUAUUCCGUUAUUUAUUCAAUCAGUCAAUAGCGCUGAAUGUCUACGCUCAGUUUCAGAUUGGGGAGGAUCGGUUUUGCCUGUGUAGAUGGUAUUUAGAGGUGGAAACAACAUGAACCUGUCUAUGGGUGUAAAAGAAUGAUCAAACUGUUGCUCUCAGGUCUUAUACACAUGUUUUGAUGUUAAACCCGAAUGUUUUUAGUCUGCAGUAAAUAUAAAGGAACUGACCUCACUGUUCCAAUACUUCUGGAGUGCACUGUAUGUGUGAUUGGCUAGCGACCAGGCCAAGGUGGACCCCGCCUCUCGCCCAAAAAGUCAGCUGGGAUAUGCUCCAGCUCCCCCGUGAACAAGCAGUAUAGAGAAUGUGUGGAUGGAUGUUACAUUGUGUAGCUUAUACAUGGAGGCCUAAUACAAAAACACUCAGAAACACUUAAAGGUGCUGUCUGCCUUGGUUAGAGACUGCACCGAGGCACUAACUUUCCAAUGUGCUCACAAGCAUUCUGCACUGCGAGCCACAUCCCACAUUAACACACAUGCACGCACAUUGGUUGUUUGUUGUUACAGUAGCUAAUGAUAGCAAUUUGGCAAAGUUUAGCUACUAAUGACUCCAAAUUGUUGGUUGCUUCUCUGAGACUGAUUUUGCGUAUGUGCAAGUUUAACUUGGAAUUGUGAGAAAUACAGUCAAUAUGUUGUUCUGUCUUUUCCUUUAAACUACGAUUGUUAGCAUACGCUAGCCUGUGGUGGCGUUCUUAUAUUUUUUUGUUUCAAAAAAAAAAAAAAAGUAAUUUGAAGCCGAAAUCACACAUUACCAAAUACCAAUAAAUGAAAUAUUCCAGUUGGAUUUUGGACACACUCACAUAAACAGAAGGCUUGUUCUAGAAAGUGAAUAAAAACACAUGGACGCUUACAUCAUUUUGUUUCUUCUCAAAAGCACAUGCCAGGUUACAUAUAAAAAAUAAAGUUAGACUAGCAGAUUGCUUCUUUUUUUUUUAAUUGUAAAUGAGUGUGAAUCUUUAUGGUGUGAAUCUUUACAUCAUUUCCUUCAUGUACCAGUCUGGCAGGAAAGAGUAAGAGGAGUCCUUGUGUACAGAGUAGGUCACGUCGCAGCGUGGGUUCCAGGAAAACAGAUACACCACACUGCAACAGAGAGAAUACCUGCCAUGAAAGGGCUGAAAGGGUGUUUUGUUUCUUUGUUGUUUUUUUUUAAUGAAAAAACUCACCGAGAAUCAUCCUCGGUUAUGACACGUUUGACAAAAGACAGGAAGUCGCUGCAGAAGUUCAUGCAGACUGUCGGCUUCCAACACCUGUCCUCCCCCUGUGCGAAAGAUGCAGUUGUUGCUGCGGCAACGCACUGACAUCUGACAACAAUUAUACCUUGAUAAGCUGCGAAAUCUUGGAGGUG